GCGUGUGCUGGUGUCUGGGAGCGGGGAGAGCGCGAGAGCGCGGCGGCUGCGUGUCUUGUCCAGCAUGCUCGCGCUGAUGAAGAUGAUGCUGAGGCUGCCGUCGCCUUCCUCCUCCUGCUCCUCUUCCUCGCGCGGACCGCAGCACCACUGAGCGGAGUUAUUAUGGGCCGCCCAUAGUGGAGGCGCGCUGCACGAGACGGCGGCAGGGGUGCUUUAUUAUACUCAUUAAGGCUCUUUGAUCUGAUUAUUGCUGCCGUUAUUCUUACUGAUAUUACCGGUGUCAUCAUUAUCUCUGGACGAUGAGGAUGAGGAUGAUGAAGAAGAUGUAGGAGCUCGCGGGGAGCGAAGCGACGCAUCACCUGGAAAACACCUGACGCGCAAGACGAGGAGCUUCUUCUGUCUUUUUCUGUCUUUUCCUCCAUAUUUCUAUAUUUAUCUAUCUGUAGUUCUCGCGCGCGCUCUCUCUCUCUCUCGCUCGCGUGCAUAUUCCGCCGAUAGAUCGCGCGGGAUGACAUGGCUGCGAUCGCGAGCUCGCUGAUCCGCCAGAAGCGCCAGGCGCGCGAGUCCAACAGCGAGCGACUCUCGGCGUCCAAGCGACGCGCGAGCCCCAGCAAAGACCCGCGCUCCCUCUGCGAGCGCCACUUCCUGGGGGUUUUCAGCAAGGUCCGCUUCUGCAGCGGCAAGAAAAGACCUGUACGGAGGAGACCAGAUGCGCCCUCGAACCCUCCACAGGUGUCCCGUAAGGGCGUCAGGCUAGAGCCGCAGCUGAAAGGUAUCGUGACCCGGCUGUUCAGCCAGCAGGGCUUCUACCUGCAGAUGCAUCCAGAUGGGACCAUCGAUGGCAGCAAAGACGAGAACAGCGACUACACCCUUUUUAACCUCAUCCCGGUCGGACUAAGGGUGGUGGCGAUCCAGGGGGUAAAAGCUGGCUUCUACAUUGGCAUGAACGGAGAAGGUUUCCUCUACAGCUCGGAGAUGUUCACGCCGGAGUGUAAAUUUAAGGAGUCCGUGUUCGAGAACUACUACGUCAUCUACUCCUCCACCGUGUACCGGCAGCAGGAGUCGGGCCGGGCCUGGUUCUUAGGCCUCACCAAAGAAGGCCAGGUCAUGAAGGGCAACCGGGUGAAGAAGACCAAGCCCUCCUCACACUUUCUACCCAGACCCAUCGAAGUCUGUAUGUACAGGGAGCCUUCGCUGCACGACAUCGAAGACAAGCACCGCUCUAGGAAAAGCUCAGGGACUCCCACCAUGAACGGAGGCAAAGCGGUCAACCAGAACGCCACAUAGCAGGACCAGAACACCCCCCACCCCCCACACACCCCGCCCAACCCCUAGCACCUCCAACCACGGAAACCACGGACGUACCACGGAAACCACAGACGUACCAUGGGAACCCUGAACUGCACGCUAAAAACGUUGGGGAGAAAUGUUGGGAGAGGACCGGUGCGGGGACGUGUCUCCUCAGUCAGGACUCAAACGCACAUUUUAUGCAAAAAAAUGGACGAAAAAUGUAAAAAACUUUCAAAAAUUCGCAAAAACCACGUAAAAAAAAAUUAUUAACGGUUUAAAGCAGCGGGUCGUAGAUCGAUUCACGAUAAUAGUAAUAUUCAUAAUAGCACUGUUCUGAACUGAUGCUGUGAACAAAGCGGCGGCGACGGCGGCUGAGCUUUAUCUCGUUUCCGAAGUUUUUUCCGAUGUUUUUUCCGAUGUUUUUUCCGUCGUGUUUUCCGAAAACUUCUGAAUGCUCUCCAGCACCUCCCUCUGCUUUGAUGUGUUACGAGAAACACAACGAGGACGAUGAUGAUGAUAACUUUACGUUAAUGACCUUCCAUGACCUUUUCCUCUCCACCCAUCAUAACAAAUCUUCGGUUUCAGCAGUUCGCGCAAAUGUUAUUGUUAUUAUUAUUAUUAAUAUUAAUAUAAUUAUGAUGAUUCUGAUGAUUCUGAUUAUUAUGAAUAUGAUUUGUAAUUUGCGUAAAGGUGAAUGCACUUUUGCACUCCCGACGCUGUUGUGAGUGUUGGUCAGAGUGAAUGUAUAUUACUGUAGUGUCGGCUUCUAAUGACUGUAUUAUUGUAUAAAUGCAUUGCUGAGAUUACGUGGGUGGGACUGUUCGCUGGGAGGCGGAGCUUGGAGAGGGAAUUAGGAUGCUUAUUGAGGGGGCGGGGUUUGGAGUCUGAAUAAGGUUGCUGCUGGGGGGUGGAGUUUAAAGAUAAAAUGAGUACGCUGCUUAGAGGGGCGGGGCUUGAAACAGGACAGAAUACAGCAAUAUAUAUUUAAUAGUGAUGCUUGUUGGGGCGGAGUUUGGAGACUGAAUAAGGAUGCUGCUUUUGGGGCGGGGUUUGAAGGCUGAAUGAAGAUGCUGCUUGAGGGGGUGGGGUUUGGAGAGUAAAAAUGAGUUUGGGGCGAGGUUUGGAAAUUUGUAUAAGGACACUGCUUGAAGGGGUGGAGUUUGGAGCGUAAAUUAUGCUAAUUGGAACUAAGACUGGAUAAGGAUGCUGCUUGGGGAGAAAUUUGGCAAAUAAAUAAGGAUGCUGAAGAAAUGUGUAUAAGGACACUGCUCGAAGGGGCGGGGUUUGGAGAGUAAAUAAGGAUGCUGAUUGGGGCGGGGUUUGGAGACUGAAUAAGGGCGCUGCUCAAGGGGGCGGGGGUUGGAAAUUUGUAUAAGGACAUUGUUCGAGAGGGUGGGGUUUGGAGAGUAAAUAAGGACGCUGCUUUGGAGACGGGGUUCGGAAAUUUGUAUGAGGACACUGCUAAAAGGGGCGGGGUUUGGAGUGUAAAUGAGGAUGCUGCUUUAAGGGCGGGGUUUGGAGCGUAAAUGAGGAUGCUGCUUUGGGGGCGGGGUUUGGAGCGUAAAUGAGGAUGCUGCUUUAAGGGCGGGGUUUGGAGCGUAAAUGAGGAUGCUGCUUUGGGGGCGGGGUUUGGAGCGUAAAUGAGGAUGCUGCUUUGGGGGCGGGGUUUGAAAAAAAACUGAUGCUGCUUGGGGGCGGGGUUUGACUGAAUGAGGAUGCUGCUUUGAGGGCGGAGCUUUAAACAGGACAGGGUGCAUCUAUAACAUUUGGAUUCAUGUACAGAAACUUAAAUAAGUACUUCAGUAAUUUAAUCUCCAUCCACUGCAUCUGUAGCAAACAGCCAUACUAUACUAUACUAUACUAUACUAAACUGUACUGUACUGUACUGUACUACACUGCACUAUACUAUACUACACUAUACUACACUGUACUGUAUUGUGCUAUACUACACUAUUCUACACUGUACUGUACUAUAAUAUACUACACUACACUACAAUGUACUCUACUGUACUACACUGUACUGUAUUAUACUGUAUUAUACUACACUGCACUGUUUUAUGCUAUAUUAUACUACACUACGCUGUAUUGUACUAUACUGUACUAUACUACACUAUACUGUACUAUUUUAUACUACACUGUACUGUAGUAUACUGCAUUGUGAUGUAGUAUACUAUACUGUACUAUACUACACUGUACUGUAUUGUACUAUACUAUACUACACUGUACUCUACUAUUAUAUACUACACUACACUACAAUGUACUAUACUAUACUGCACUAUACUGUACUAUAUUCCACUGUACUGUAUUGUACUAUACUAUACUACACUGCACUACAAUGUACUAUACUAUACUGCACUAUACUGUACUAUACUCCACUGUACUAUACUGUAAUGUACUAUACUACACUGUAAUGUAACUAUACUAUAUUAUAUUAUACUACACUGAUUGUACUAUGCUGUACUAUACUAUACUACACUGUACUGUAGUAUACUGCACUGUGCUGUAGUAUACUAUACUGUACUAUACUACACUAUACUGUACUAUAUUACACCGUACUGUAGUAUACUGCAUUGUGCUGUAGUAUACUAUACUGCACUGUGCUGUAGUAUACUAUACUACACUGUACUGUACUAUACUAUACUACACCACACUACACUACACUAUACUUAACUAUAAUGUAUUGUACUGUACUCCACUACUCUACACUACACAACACUAUACUAUACCAUACUGUUCUAUACUAUACUACACUACACUACACUACACUAUACUAAUCUAAUACUUAGUCAGAGCCAGAAUUCUCGCUGGUGAUUGGCUGCAUACUACAGAUGCAUUAGACAGAGAUUAGCAUUAAAAUCAGUAACGCAUCUCUUUAAGUUCAAUCUGAGUUCUCAUGUUGAGUUAUUCAUUCAUUUAGCAAAAAUUCCGGCCUACUGUCCAUACCAGCCGUUUGAAUCAAGUCUGAGAUUGAGUGUAUAUAUUUUUGUGUGUAUAUAUGUGUGUAUGAGUGUUUGUGUGUAUGUGCCAUCAUCCGCAGCCUGUCUGCUCACACGUCGGACGAGCCGUGAGAAUCUGUCAAUAGCUGGAAACUUGAAUUUUUGGAUUUUCUCUCCCUCGAAUAUUCCCUGGCUCCCGUCCCAGAGCCGAGUUCUUCUCCCCCGUAAUUCGGAUGAGCACUUCUGAGCCA